AUGCAGACGCGGUCAAAAACGAAAGCUGAGAAAGAACGUUCCACGAACUUCAUGUGCGGAGUUGUUGAAGGAUUCUAUGGUCGACCAUGGACAGCAGAUCAGCGUAAAGACCUAUUUGCACGUAUGAAGGGUCUAGGGCUUAAUACUUAUAUUUAUGCACCAAAAGACGAUCUGAAGCAUAGAGCUGAAUGGAGACAGCUGUAUAAUUCAAAUGAAAUAGAGCUCUUAAAAUCCUUGAUUUCAUCAUCAAAGAUGGAAAAUAUCACUUUUGUAUACGCGCUUUCUCCUGGAAUCGACAUUAUUUACUCGAGUGAAAAAGAAAUGAAGGCUUUGCAUGAUAAGUCCGAACAGGUACGCUGUUUAGGAUGCGAAGCGUUUGCUCUGUUGUUUGAUGAUAUUGAUGUAACAUUAAAUGAUGUUGACAAGAAACAAUUUUCAUCAAUUGCAGAUGCACAGUUGACUGUUGCAAAUUCGCUCUAUAAUUUCUUAAAAUGUCCUUAUUUCUUCUUUUGUCCGACAGAAUAUUGCGAAUCACGCGCGAAUCCUUCUCUGGAAAAAUCAGAGUAUCUUCUUACAGUUGGUAAACUGCUUACAAGUGACAUACAUAUUUUCUGGACGGGACCUCGUGUGGUAUCUCGUGAAAUUACAGUGGAUCAUAUUCGGCGUGUUACAGCCGUACUUCAGAGAAAACCAGUCAUUUGGGAUAAUCUGCAUGCUAAUGACUAUGAUCCUAAGCGAGUUUUUCUGGGUCCAUUUUCCGGAAGAACAGUAAAACUAAAACAGGAGGCUGCAGGAAUUCUUUUAAAUCCAAACUGUCGUUAUGAAGCUAAUUUUUUACCACUAUACACGUUAGCUGAAUGGAAUAGCUGUCAUGAGGAUGCUGAAUUAAUGGGAGAUUUAGAGUCGAACUCUCGGUCAGAAGUCGAUGUUGUUUCUGUUGCAACACAUAUGGUUGGAGAUGAUUUAUCAAAGCAGUUGUAUAAUCCUGUAAAAGCUCUUGAUGAAGGCAUUAAAAAAUGGAUAAAAUAUUUGACUACUGAAUCUUCGAGCAAUAUUUUUUCAUUAUCUCUUCAUUUUGACGAAUUAAACCAAAGUAAGCCAUCAACCAGUGGUGUUUCUGUAGUUGCACAAGGACUGAAAAAUUUGGAAAGUAAUAGCGAUCAAAAAUCAUCUGUUUCCUGCAAUACGAAGAGUACACUGGCAGAAGCAUUAAAUCUAAUAAAUACUGAAUACAGCGAACCGAUGGAUGUCAUAUGCGUCAAUAAGGAUGACGUAAGUUCUUCAUUAGAAAUAUCUGAUCAAAAUGAAGGGAAUUUUCAAAUGUCCAAACUUCCUGAAGAUGUUAAUAUGGGCAGUAGUCAAGGCUUCAAUUCUGGAACUAAAGUUAUCGGAGAGGAACAAGUAGCCGUUUUUGUUGAUAUGUUUUAUUUGCCUUUUGAACACGGGCGUCGUGGAAUUCAGAUGUUGCAAGAGUUUUCUUGGCUUUAUGAGAAUUCAAAAAAAAAGGAAAAUAGUAAUGGUAAUGAUCAGGAAUUUCAGGAGAUUCAAGAAUUGGUUAGCGAUGAGUGGAGGCGUAGAUGUGCAGAUUUUGUAAAAGUUUUACGUGAUGUAAUGAGGCUUUAUCAGCGAAUUACUCAUCUCCCUAAUCGAAGCGCUGUUCACGAACUAUUUCAAUACAUAUAUGAUGCUCAAGGUAUAAUUUCUCUCCUCGAAGCUCUCGUUCUUUGGAUGGCCGGUGGACAUUUUAAUGUAGCACAUGUUGAUUUCGAUUGUUUUUGCCGCAAUGAUUUCCCUGAUGUUGAACCAUGGACGUUGUCAGGUGGAUUCUUAACUGACUUGCAAAAACUUCUAUAUUCAAAUAACAAAAUGGCUGACUUAUUCCUUCUAAAAACGAUGUUACCGUUUUCUAUGAAUUGGUAUACUAUUCGGCCGUAUACGAAUAAUGAUUUGCAUAGCAUUGACUGUGUGUUGAAAAUGGACGAUAAUGAUGUAUACAGUAUGGAUAUUUCAGAUGAAGUGAAAAAUGAGUACUUUUUCGACAGAUACAUUAAUGCUUAUAUUAAAUUUGCGACACCAAGGACUUGCUUCGUUGCAGCAGAAAAUGAUGGAGACGGAAAUCCUCGGCAAGUAAUUGCUGUAGUAUGUGCUGCACUUAAUGCGAAACAAUUCGCUGAAAAGGUCCGGGAGCUGAAUAUUUCAAAAACUUGCAAAUACCACUUUUUUCCAAAAGGAAAAAAGAACAGUCAGUUUGUUACAUUGAGCAUUGAGGAAAUUGAGCAUCAGUGGCAGCAUUACUGUGAAGAUAUGGUUGAUUGGAGUACGCUCAGUUUUUCGGAUCACUUCUAUGAGCAGUUCCCGAGUCAGAUUGAUAUAAGAUGUCGUGAUUUAUCUCGGGAUGCCGUUGUUUUUCGUAGGCUGAUAAUCGUUGCAACUAUUGCUUUAUCUUAUAAUGGCUCAUCUGGCUUUUUUGUGGUGUUAAACUCAUCAGACAAUGCAAAAAUUAAUUUAUUUGCAACAAUAGGUUUAACUAGAUUAAAGGAAGCGGGUGUUCCUGAAAAUCUAACUUUAAUGGGUCAUUCGUUAUGA